AUUUACCUUUAGAUACGUAAAUAUGAGAUAAAUGAGGGUAUAAUAUUGAGAAGUGAGAGGAUACAUUGUAUUAUACAAGGUGUGAAGGCCAGCAGGCCCCGAGGCGCUCUAAGACCACAGCUGCGUAAGAGCGUAUUCAUCUCAGGAAUUUAUGUGUACGCAGGACGCAGGAACAUUAUGGACAGAAACAAAAUUAAUUUGGAUAGUGAAGGAGGCACUGAAGACAACGUUCCUCGGGGACUGCAGGAUACUCACAGUCUUGAUUCGAUGUCUUCAGAUGGCAUUGCCCUUAGAUCACGAACUUCUGUGAGACAACAGUUACAACAUUUUAUUCGCUCUACUCGUUGUCAGGUACUUGUGGUCGCUCUGGUGGUGGUGGAUACAAUGCUGGUCAUCACAGAACUAUUACUGGACCUAGAGAUGAAUGGUACUCCUUCAUCCAUACCAUUUUUUCUGCACACACUCUCCCUCAGUGUCUUAGCACUCUUCAUUGUUGAGAUAGGACUGAAGAUAUAUGCUUACCAAUUUGAUUUCUUCACACAUAAGGGAGAUGUAUUUGAUGCCAUUGUAGUUAUUGUUGCUUUGUGCCUUGAUGGUGUUUACUUGCACGCUCAUGAUGCCCACACUGGGGUUGGACUUAUUAUAGUCCUGCGGCUGUGGAGAGUUGCUCGUAUUCAGAAUGCAAUGGUAUUACAAGUUAAGAGAGCAGGGGAAAAGAGAUUGUUUGAGGAACAGCAGAAUCGAUACUUAGCUGAGCAAGAAGUGGCAAGAUACCGUACAUACAGCUAUGCCCAGGAUGUCUAUAUUAAAACUCUCCAAGACUUGUUGAGAAGGAAUGGAAUUUCUUAUCAAGAGGAAUGCAGGAACAUCCCCGAUAUUAACAGAAUCAAGGUUGUAGCCGAGGUGAACACAAAGCCAAACGUCUAGAUGAUGAAAGUAUCUUUCGCAAGCAAUGGGCUUAGCAGGGCAAAACUUAGAUCACAAUUUCAGGUGCCAACUUUCAAGUGUUUUCUUUGUUGGAAUUAUAAAGUGUUUAAUUUUGUUAAAAACUAUGUCAGAAAUUAUGUCUUUGUAUCAGACUUUACUGGAAUGUGCUUUUAAAUAUGGCAUGGGUUGUGCACAUAUUUUAUAGCUUUAAUAAGUUGUUUUGCAGACAGUUUUUGUGAUCAGUUUGAUAACAACAGUUGUGAUUCCUUCUGGAUAUGCUUAUUGGAUCCAAUUUUAGCAUGUGUAUAUAUGUAGCACCGUGGAUGAUGUGGCUGGUGCUCAGUCAAGUUAAGUACAGUACUGUUGGGUCUAGUUAGUGACUGGAUGGAGGACUAAUUGAUUAUAGCCUUGCUAGUUUGUCCUCUGUUCUUGGUAAGGUAUUCCCCAUAAAUAUAAAUAAUUUACAAUGUAUAUACAAUGAUAAUUCAUAUAUAUACUGUACAUACAAAUUUACAAUUACAUAUUCAUACCACACUUAAGUCCUUUUCUUUCAUAUAUAUAUAUAUAUAUGAAAUGCCCAAAAGUUAUACAUUCUUAGUACCCCAAUGAAAUCCCAUUCAUAUUGCCCCAAAGUUGUAUCAUUCAUUGUACCCAAGAGUUACACACUUCACAGUCUUCCUUACCAUAUAUACCCACAGUCGUUCACAACCAAGAGGUCCAGUGUUAGGUUCCCUGCACAGGAUGGAGAUGUUUGACUACAUUUCCUUAUCCCUCAGUUCACAUAAAAGUAAAUAGGUACCCAGGAGUUAGGAAACUUUGUGGGCUGAAUCCUGGAAAAAGUCGGUCAUUGGUAUAGGGGGUACUUGAACCUAACAAACAGACUUCCUGUGCCUGACAAUGAGGAAUCCAAUCCUCCUCCUCCAUUUAUUUCAAGAUGUUGCCCCUAUACUGAUACCAACAUUCUCCUCUGUUGUUUCUCUCCCAUUUUCAUAUCACUCAUUCAAACACACACACACACACUCCUGCAGUGCUCAGGAUGUUCAACCAAUGAUGUAAGCAUUUAUUUGUUUUGUGAUCCCAGAUAUCAAUUGUGUUCAUGUCUAUGCAUUUCAUGUACAGUACUGUAUACUAUACAGUAUAUUUUUGGGUGACAUUAGUGCCAAAAUGUUUAAGAUAUAUUUUAUCUUUAGUUGUUGGUACACAUUCAUCCACUUCUCAUCUGAUAAGAUGUUUAAAGGAUUUUGAUUUGAAGUCUUGUGCUUAAAAGUAAGUUUUUUUAAUUGUGUGAAAUAUGAUCAAGUAUAGUUGAAAUUCCUGAGUAACAUUUUUUUAUUUAGAGAAAUGUUAGUACUGUAUAAUAUAAAUUAAAAUUAUAUUAUUUAUUAGUAUGGUGAAACAUUAGAUAAAAUAUAGAACACAAAAUUCUGCUGAAAUUGUAUUGAUCGUGUAAACACAAUACAAUAGUACAAAGUUAGAAUGGAAAUUCAAGUCAGUUAAUUCAAAUUAAAUAAAUGAAUAAUACAACACACACAAUAAUUAGACAGAGCAUUCAUGCUAAUUUUCUUAUAUCUCUCUCUGCACAAAUUUGCCUGAAAUAAACAUAUUGCUUGAACCAAGUACUACUUAAUUAAGCCUAGUUUUACCUACAUUUAGCAAAAUUUGCCAAAUUAUCAUGAACAUGCAUGUUGAGUAUGAGAAGAUAUAUUAAAUAUAAAUUUAACCUAAAAGGCUUAAUACUAUAUUACAGUAUGAAAACAUUACUGCAUACUUACUGUCGUAGAAGCAAGACCUCUGCCUAGUGGAAUUUUUUUAUAUUUUAUGAACUGAAAUACAGGUACUGUAUAAUGUAAUAAAAUUUACUUAUUUUUAGUUAAGCAGAAUAUUUGUAAAUUUUGUUUUUUGUCGUCGAUUGUUGUUUGGCUUUUGUGUUCUAAUUUGUCAGUGUUUAUAACCACAAAAUACAGAUGAAGUUUGGCUUUAGAAUUAUUUAAAAAAAUGGUAAAAAUUAUUAAAUGUGCCUCUCCUAAUUACAGGUUUACAAUGUUAUAUACCUCGUAGAUUAAUAAUAAUUUUGUGAAAAGCAUAUUUUAAAUUUAUAUGUACUGUAAUAGGAGUGUUUAAGAAUGGGAAUACCAAAACAAAAUAUAUGACACAUUUUUUCAUAAAAUAUGUUUUAGUUCAUAUAUAACCGACUAAUGUUGUGCAAUUUCUCAUGGAACUUUUGUAUGUAUAAAUAUGCAUCAUUAAAGCUAGAAUCUUUUGACACGUCUGUAUAGUAGGGUAGUGUAUAUAUAUUUCUCGAGUGUCUUAGUAACUUUUAAGUUUGAAGUUGUAUAUAUGUACAUGUAUAUGAGAAUUCAAAGAUGGUUUGUGCAGUAUAAAUCAAGAAUUUUAUAUAAUAAAGUGCCAUUUUUUAGUGGGCAUUUGGUGGGCAAUAGCUCCCAAGCACAGCUCAGACCAAUGAGCUUAGAUUUGGGACCACUAAGUAUUCUCUGGGACCAUGGGGCCUUAGUCCAACAUACAGUACCAGGCCUCUGGAAGCAAGGUGCAGAAUCCAGCUUGCUCUACAAGGGAAUAAUCCACCGGGAAGUAUAGGUACAAAAAAAUAAGCAAUUGCUUGAAGGAAAUUAAGCACCCUUAGGUAAAUAUUGCAAACUCCCAUGACUAGAUGGUAGCCUAGAUAUUGCAUAAAGUCUGGGGGUAUCUAUAUUUUAGUACUGGGCAGUGUGCUGGACAGUCUUAGAAUUUGCAGUUACUGUACAGGAUUAUAUUUUGCUUAGAAAACAUUUGUGAAUUUUUUUAAUUGCAUUUUGGAUAGUAUAUUAAGUCAUAUGCAACCGAUUUAAAAUGGAUAGAAAUAAAAUGUAUUUUGUCAUAUACCCGAGAAAUAUAACUUGAUAAAUAUGAAGUGAAUAAUAUAGUAAUUUUGCUUUUUUGUUGCGCUAAUGUUGAUGGUAGCAUUUCAGUUGCACUUUUAUUUUACAACAUUAAAAUAAUGCCACACUGCACUUCACAUAACCCCUAAUUGAACCUCUUGUUUAUCCCACUUAUCAUGAGAGAAGCUAAGCUCUGUCCAGUUAUGAUCCUCAGCUAUCUAGUGAUCAAUUCAAGCACUUUUGAUACUUGAUUCUUAAAAGGUGAAAUUUCAAAGUAGUUGUCACAACAAGUAGCAUUGGAAUGAAGGCAUGCAUUUUUGUGUGUGUGCUGCACAUUACAGCAUUGGAACAAGACUGUACUCAAAUAUAUUAUCUCUUGGGAAAGAACAUUUUAACAAUACUGUAUACUCAUUAAUGCACCGCUAAUUAAAAGGAAUUUUCCGUUUUAUGAGAAAAUAAUUACUUUUACAGAAACUGGGCUAAUUUACUCCAUGAUGAUUUACAUAGCUCAACCCAAAAUCAUAGCUGCUUGAAAUGCAAAUGACUUUGAAAACUGUGUUAGAACAUAUUACUAUUUGGAAAUUAGGUUUCUCAGCAUAAACUACUACAGAUAGUAAGAAAAGAUGAAUCAAUAAUAUAUAUAAAGCUAAAAUAUAAGUUGGUAUCACAUGCUUUUUAAAAACCAUUUCAAGUGAUGAUCAAACCAUACAUCAGAAAAUGAAAAAAAUGACCGUUUCGGUCCGUCCUGAACUAUUAAAGUUGUGAUAAUGAUCCAGGAUGGGCCAAAACGUCAUUUCUUCAUUUUCCGACUUGUGGUCUUGUGAUCAUAUUAUCAGCCACGUUACUGUGACUCACCGUUUGCACUUCGAGUGAUUGUCUCCUUAAUGAUAGAUUAUUCAUAUUCCUAACAAAUGGCAGCUUUGGUAAUUAAAUGUAACUUUUUUUUUUUAGGGCUAUAUGGUAUAGUCCCCAGAUGGCAGCUUUAUGAGCGAGAAUGUACCUUUAAUUUUUUAAUGCAGUUUAUAUAAAAAAAAGUACAGUAUCAUCAAAAUUACGUUAACUUUGAUACAUGUAUGCUGAGGUAUCAAUUUACUGUACUCUGCUGAUUUAUGAUCUUUAGAUGUCAAAAUCUUGUAUAAAAAAUCUUUUGUCUAUUAUAUUUUCCCUCUAGCAUAUAAUAUUAAAUUUUUAAUUUUGGUUCUAGUUUUCAUAUUAUCCAAAAUAAUAUUAGUCAUGUACUGCACAUAUCAUCUUUGAUCAGUUAUGAUGACCUAUGUCUUCCUUCAGCUUUGCCCUUAAACUAGUCAGUCUCUUGUGACCUAUAUUCUACUUUUUAAUCUAAAUAUUAUAUUGUCUCUUGAAGUAUUUUAUCACUUUACAUAAAAAUACAUUAGUGAAUUGAGAGUUUAAGUGCGAGUUUGUUAGCUAUUAUUUCACACUAUAUUAUUCAUUAAUCCUCAUACUGCAGCUAAGUUGGCCACAGCUCACUGCUCUGUGCAUGAAAGCAAAUAGGAAUGUAAUAGAUUUCUAUAUAAAAGUUGCAGAAAUACAAGCAAAUAUAUUCUUCCUGGCUAUUGUAUGGUUACACAAGGCCAGGAUUGUGGUGGUCAAAGCAAAUUCACCACAAGCUACCACUAACUUACACUACACACAGAACUACACUAAACUACACUACCCUUGUGGAUUUGUUUAACUACCACAAAUUUUGUCCUUGCUUAUUUUCUAAUGUUACAUUGUGUAUUCAAUGAACACUGACAAAUAUCCUCCAAGUUCAAUGAAAUUAGUAUUUUUUUUGGUUUCAGUGGAACAUGGUCACUACUGUUUAUUAAGGUCAGUGGGAGGAGGCGAGGGUGGGGGCACUGGUAACCUACAUAUUUUUCCUAGCAUGGGACAGUUUUCAGAAUUAAUUCCUGUAUUGAAUAUAGGAGUUACUAGACUACCUGAUGAUUAAAAAAAAACAUUGAAGGGCCCUUUGUAUGACACUCAAUGCAACCUUUCCAUGCCCAUUCAUUUGACAGAUAGGACAGACCUCAAGCCCCUUUAUAUGAUAGGUUGGGUAACCCCUUUAGAUCUUUUCUUAUGAUAGGCAGGCCAGAUCCCAGACCCUUAGUUUGACAGUCCGCAUCCCCCACCCCCAAGCCCCAUUCUAUCACAGGCAGAGCUGUGCAAGGGUUAAAUCUCUAAUUUUGGUCAGCUUACUGUUUUAUAUAUAUUAUUGUGAUUUGCAUUUAAUAUAUGUCCUACAUUUAAUAUAUGCCCUAAUAAGUUUUGAAACAAUUUGAGUAGCUAUUGAGUAUUUAAAGACAAUAAGGUUUUAUGUAUGUAAUUAACAUGUAAAUGUUAAUGCUUAACUUAUAUAUAUUAUGUUGCUUCUAGGUCAUCUGUAUUUGGUCAUUUUAAUUACAAAUUUCAAGAAUUUCUGCAUUAAUUGUUGUUGUAUUUAUUUAAGAAAGGAAGCAAGGUAAAAAAUAUUAAUUCACUUAUUUCCUGAAGUGCCAUUAUUAUAGGAUUUACUAUUUUAACAUCUUUAUUUUUGAGGAAAAAUUCAUGUAAAAAUAAGGUUUGGCAAAAAUAUAUUUAAAGCAAUUGUUUUCAUAUGGUCAGUGCAUUGGGGCCGUGUUAUGAUUUUUAGCUCUAUGAUCACAAUUGACGUUUUGCUUCAAAAUAUUUUACUUAUUGUUGCUAGUUUACUGAAGGUGUCUUAAGGUUUUUUUUUAUAAUUAAGAAUACCAUGUACAAAGUAAAUACUCUAUAUACAAUAUAUAAAAAUAAUUGCAGCUACAGUGACUAAUUUAUUAUUUUUGCUGAUGAGCCAAUGGGUCUCAGAAAUUCAAAUAGUCAUGGAUGUUAAUUUUCAAGACCCAAUCGAUAAAUGAAUUGAUUAAUUAAUUACAGUACAAGUAUAUAAAAAAUAAGUACACUUAAAAAAGUUUGAAGUUCAUCCACAGUAAUUGUAUUUUUUAAAGUUUUAAGUGGAGUUUUUAAGAGGUACUGCAUCAUAAAUGGCUGCAAGAAGUUGAUAUUAGUUCACUGGUGUUCCUGCGAUUUCUAGUGAAGGUAUGUGGUUCCUUCAUGAGUUAGGAAAAGGAGAUACUAUAGUUUCAAUUGUAUUGGGACAGUGCCUCUGUUGUUUGUGUUUAAUACUGUGGUAUAUUUUGAAGUUCUGUAGCUACCCCUCAGUGUACAAACUUCUCACUACUGUUCAUUUGCUUGUUGAAUUUCUUUGCUUCCAUGAGCAUCCAUCUUGGAACAGGAAUACCUUUUGACAUUUCUGUUUGUAACAUUCUCAAACAUUAAUCAACCCAUUAUUUUAGACUUUUGCUUUACUCAUGUUUACAUCAACACAGUUGUCUAUCCAAUAUUGGAUGUAUGUUUAUAAUUUAUUUUGUAAUUUCUGGUAAAUUCUUAACACUAUGUUGAAGCUUCUGCCAGCAUUGGUGCACUGUUAUUAAUUUCAGUGGUGAAUGGAUGGUUAGUAUGUUUUGGGAGUAAAUUUUGGAAUAUAAAGCAUACCACAGUUGAAUUGCUACACAAAAAGCAAAACACUACUGGGUCACCCCUUACUUGUAGUACGGGCUCACCAUAGCCCGUGCUACUUGGAGCUUUGUUCCGGGUAGCGAAUCUUUAACAACAACAACCUUACUUGUAUCAUAUAAGUGCACUGAGGUGGUUAGGCGAGUAGAGCCUCAGAAGAGAGAGAGAGAGAAUAAUAUACCUUAAUAAUAAGGUCUUCAUCUGGUGUAUGAAAUUGCCACAAAGUAUCUGUAGUAUGACCAAAAUCGUUAGUCGAUUCAAUUGAUAGCUGCUUUAUAGCUAAUAUAUUAUUCACUGUAUGCAUUAUUAUAAACUAUGUUACAUAAAGUGGGAGAGUGUACAAUAGAUCAUAAAGUUUAAUUACUUUUUGCAUUGCUAUAUAUUUUGUAUAAUGCGGCCAUUAUCCACUAAUUUCACCGCCAUUAAAUAUUUUAAAUAUACUGGACUGUAACAUCAUGUUUAAGUAUGUUAAAAAAUUACAUGUAUCUUUAACAACUGCAUUAACAAUUAUGAAAUCCAAUAGUACAAGGUGUAUGGUGCUUCUCAUAAAAUACAUAUCUAUAGAAAACACUCA